UGUGACUUCCUGAGUGCUAGCCGCAUAGCUAAACAUCUCACACAACACAGUGUAAAACUUUGUUUCGGAGAGCAGGCGAAUACACGUUUACGGUUCAGACUAAAGCUUUCGUGUGAUUAUAAUGUGUCAUCGGUCUGAGCUCAGCGUUGAACCUUUUUAAGUCGUUUAAAACCCGGCGUCCGGACUGAGCAGGAUGCUAGCAUGUGUCGUUAGCUUCGACAGGCAGCCGAGUGUUGUGAGGCUUAACUUUCGCUCUUUAUGCUCAUACUCAGUUUAAAAACGCUCUUCGCAAUGGACAGCGAGGCGAUAGUGAUCCGUAUCAAAACCCCGACUGGUGACAUGGACUCGGCCGUGGACUACCCGUCCCUCCUGAACUUCAAUGACUUGCUGGUUGCGAUCAGGGAUGUCAUGCCUGAAGCCACUGUCACAGCCUUUGAAUAUGAAGAUGAGGUGGGAGACAGAAUCACUGUAAGAAGUGAUGAAGAACUCAAAGCCAUGUUGUCAUAUUACUGCAACACAAUGAAUGAACAACGCAUGAAUGGACUGCUGCCAGACCCUCUGCAGAUUUUUCCACGAGCCGGCAAGACUCCAGGGAUCCGGAACAUACAUGGCCUGAAGGUUAAUACGAGGCCUAGCCCAACCAAUGACUGCACUCAUUCUGUCCCAGACUCCAUAGCCAACAACAGCUUAAAGAAAUCAUCUGCUGAGUUGAAGAGGAUCUUGACAAAUGGGCAGAUAAAUGCCCAAGAUAUCCACUAUCAAGAACAACUUGGCCAUGGAAACGGAGGCACAGUUUACAGAGCGUACCAUGUUCUUGGGAAGCGGGUGUUAGCUGUCAAGGUCAUUCCCCUGGAUAUUACAGUGGAACUACAGAAGCAGAUCAUGUCAGAAUUAGAGAUUCUGUACAAGUGUGAUUCACCCUACAUCAUCACUUUCUUCAGUGCCUUUUUUGUAGAGAACAGGAUAUCUAUUUGCACAGAAUUUAUGGACGGUGGAUCCCUGGACGUCUACAAAAGAAUACCCGAGCACGUGUUGGGGAGGAUCGCAGUCGCAGUAGUGAAAGGCCUGACUUAUCUGUGGAGCCUGAAGAUACUUCACAGAGAUGUCAAGCCUUCCAAUAUGCUGGUGAACACCCGAGGACAAGUCAAGCUCUGUGACUUUGGUGUCAGCACACAGUUGGUGAAUUCUAUUGCCAAAACAUACGUGGGAACUAAUGCAUACAUGGCGCCGGAAAGGAUAUCAGGGGAACAGUAUGGGAUCCAUGCAGACGUCUGGAGCGUGGGCAUCUCUUUCAUGGAGUUGGCGCUUGGCAUGUUCCCCUAUCCACAGAUUCAGAAAAGCCAAGGAUCUUUAAUGCCUCUCCAGUUACUGCAGUGCAUCGUUGAUGAGGAUCCCCCGGUUCUUCCUGUGAGCCAGUUCAGUGAGAAGUUCGUUCACUUCAUCACUCAGUGUAUGCGGCGGCACCCCAAAGAGAGACCUGCACCUAAUAACCUCAUGGAUCACUCCUUCAUCAUACAGUACAACGAUGGAAACGCUGAAGUGGUGUCGAUGUGGGUUUGCCGCUGUCUGGAGGAGAGAAGAUCACAGCAGGCUCAGGGACGCAUGUGAUGUCCUCCUGUCUCCUGUCCAACCAGACCGCGGACCACGACGUUCCUAGAUCCUAGAACACCUGUCAGAGGCGUCGGGGGUCAAGUACGUCCAAGUGCACUGUACAAAUAACUUAACGUACAUGGACAAAAAUCACUAGCUGUUACCUUCUUUGUGUGAGUUAUUUAACAGCUCUUAUGCGCUGUGACGUUGAGGAGGUCGCAUCCUUUGGACUGAAUAUUAAUCGCUGCAGCCAAAAAAAAAAAAGAAACAUCUUUCUGGCGUGGGUUUCCAUGCGCGCAUCAUUUUGGGGAGAAUCCCAAAAUGCCAUAAGCUGAAGAAAGAAAGAAAGAAAGAAAGAAAGGGACAAUAAACACCUUCAAAGCAUCAGACUGCAAUACGCUGACAGAGUUGUCCUCUGCUCCGAUGGUGGUAUCUCAAAUAACCGUCUUGUGCUUUACUGUGGACGGCCCUCUACUGAAUGUUAAGGUUUUUGCCUGUGAGUAACUGCCCAUCUGUGUGCCUGUUUUUCCAGUGGUAUAAUUUAUUACCUCAAGAAACUUCUGUUGUCUCUGUAACGGCAAGAUAUCCCCAUAAAUGUACUUAUUUUUAGCUCCUGGGCUGAAUCCUCUGCAUCUAGGUUUUCCUAAGCGUUGGGGAGGAACUGCAGCACCAGAGAGUCUGAAGCAGCGCUGCAGUGUUAUAGAGGAAAUGUGGAAGGGAUCUUUUCUUGACUCUGGAGCCGACCAAGGAAACGGUGUGUGGUUCAAACUCAUCAGGAAGAGCCAAGGUUCAUUUCUGGUUUUCAAAGCAGUUUAUAACUCAUUUGCACAUCUUUUAUUUCCCUUUGCACAGACAUGCUGUACAUGAAAGCCACUUCAUAAUCUGUUAGGUUAGGGAGGGAUGCAGAUGUAGACUUUCGUUAAUGAUAUAUGUGUUGGGGUUUUAUUUGUAAAAACUGUGUAGAAUAAGAAAAAACGUAGACAGUUAAAAGCAUAACCUCUUACAAAAGAACACAUUUUAUGUUUUUAAUUAUUAUUUUAUUCAGGAAUAAUACUUUCCUUGGAUUGCCUAAUGAGAUCAGUUAUUUACUGUAGAAGAAAAAAAACGUCAAUGCAGCGCGCUCAACACCAAAGAAAAAGCAAAUGAGUGAAUUAUAUGGAUUUCUCUCGGCCGAGGCAAACGGAAUGGGCUAAGUGACUAAAAUGAAUUGCUUUGACGAGGUCUUUACGUGCAGCUGAUGAAAUGGUGCAGCGCUUAAGUGCAAUUAAAUGCCCUUACUUCCAAAAAUUCACAGCUAUGGUAGCCUACAGUUGUGUGACAUAUACACACAGAGAAUCAGCAGAUACAAAUGUAACAUUAAAAAAAGGUUCAAAGCACUGGUUUAAUAUCCUUCAGUAUCCUGUCCAACAUGGGUUUAUCCUUUGGUUAUAGUGAGGUUUUAAUUGUUUUAGAAAGGUGAUGAGGGUCUAGAUGUCGGUGUGUCAUUUUCCUUCGUUGUUUUCAGAACGAGUGAGAUUGUAGUUACGACAUAGGAAGUCGCGCACACAUAAUGUUUUAACGUUAAAACAUAAGGAAGUGUAAAAAACACCACAGCUACAUAAGUGUGGCUAACAGUACAAGCUAACACCCAGGUUACUUAAUGAAGCUAAAGUAAAGGCAUUUAGAGAAUGACAGAUUUUCUCAGACAUAUUUUAAAAUUAUGAAAAAAAAGUAACUGUAUUACUAUGACUGAAUUACAAUAAAUCAACUUUGUCUCAUGUUGCAACGUGUGGAAUAUUAGCUGAAGCUAAUUUAGCCACUCCAGAAAUUUAAAAACAUUUAAAAACGAAUGUAAUUAACAUGAUUUCUCACCGGUGUAAAAUCAAAUUUAGUGGUAAAUAUGAGGUUGAAAUCUGAAAGGGAAACUUCACACAACACCUUCUACUGUUUUGUCUCAGAGCUAAAUACUGCUUCCCAGACCACCUUAGUAAUAGUUUGUUUUAAUAGUUAUUUGAAUCUUAGAAUGUUGUAACAAACAUUGCUUAUUACAAAGUUGUUAUUAUUUCUGUGUAAUUCAGUCUGUGUAAUUAAGGCAGGCAGCUCAUUUCAGAGCCACCAGAGGCCCUGCACUGUAUUUCAUGGUCCCUCCCACUAAAACACAUAUCACUAGUGCCAUUAUUACUAUUAUUAAAAACCUGCAACCUUUUACUUUUAUGUACAUACAUCUACUUGUGCAAAAUGCCACUCGGAAGCUAGAAACUACUCUGCAGCCUGUUAAAACUGCUACGUUAGUGGGAAGCAAUUGUGCUGCAUUGUUGUUUGUUUCAUAACUUAAUGUAUUCCAGAAACUCAAAUGAAACCAAAUAGAAAGAAUUCAUGUUUCCAAACAGAUAUAUUCUACAAGCUCAGAAACCUUUUUUUUAAAAAAAGGAUUUGGCAGUAACAUAUAUCUGCAAUAAAAGUGGAAAUAUUUAUUAUUUUUUUACUUUUCAGCCUGCUCACAGCAGAGAUCGCAUAUUUGUUUUUUUGCCCUGUUAUUUUUUUUUUAUUUUUUGUGUUCGGUGUUUUAUGUCAAUGAUGAGAUUCAGCAGAAUUAUAAGUGCUGUGGUAUUAAUGACUGACUGUGGCCUUUUCUGUAAUUAUCUAUGUUGGCACAUAUUCCAACUAUAAUAAAUAAAAUGUAUUUAAACCGAA